GGGUUUUAACACUAUCAGUGUUCCCCUCUCCAUAUUUUCCCUUCUUCUCUUUCUCAUUUCUCCGGUGAGCAAGAGCAAAAAUGACCAAAUUCAGGAAACUGAAUCGUCCAACCGGACAUCGUAUGUCCAUGCUCAGGACAAUGGUGUCGCAAUUAGUAAAGCACGAGCGAAUUGAAACUACCGUUGCUAAGGCAAAGGAAGUUCGAAGGUUGGCCGACAAUAUGGUUCAGCUUGGAAAGGAGGGAAGUCUAUCUGCUGCAAGACAGGCAGCUGCCUUUGUGCGUGGGGAUGAUGUCAUUCAUAAGCUAUUUACUGAAUUGGCUUACAGAUACAAAGAUAGAGCCGGUGGAUACACGAGAAUGCUCCGAACUCGAAUUCGAGUAGGUGAUGCUGCACCAAUGGCCUAU